UUAUGCUCUAAAAAGCACACUUUUAUUCCAUGUUGAUGAUCUAACUUAACAUCGUAAAACAUUAGAGUAAAAAAACUUAAUUUAUAUUUGAAAUUCACUCUUCAGAGGACGCUAAUUAUCAUGAAACCAAACCAGUUGUCAAGGGAUAAGGGGGAGGUGAAAUAAAAGCAACUUUCAGUAGCUUUAGUAUUAUGCUGUUGUGGGAACGUAUAGUGUUUGAAUAUCUGCGAAGGCUUCCUAAUUUGUUAAAGUUCUACAUAAGAAGCGAAGACUGGUAUAGAAAAUCCUAAAUUUUUUUCCACGUUUCAUUUUUCAACUCAACUAUUGUGUUGUACUAAGUUGGGCAAAAUACUAUUUGAUAAUGUUUUCUUGGUUAAGUAAAAACGAAGAUUGUCGUAAACAACCGGAUAUAUUCGAAAAUGUUGUUGAAGGAUUGAAGAGAGUAUACAAAGAAAAAGUCUAUCCACUAGAAGAGGCCUAUCUUUUUCAUGAUUUUCAUUCGCCGCCUCUUGAUGAACCUGAUUUCGAUGCUAAGCCGAUGAUUUUACUUGUCGGCCAAUAUUCCACUGGAAAAACUACAUUUAUUAGAUACUUGUUAGAAAAAGACUUUCCAGGUAUUCGUAUAGGACCAGAACCGACAACUGAUCGGUUCAUUACAGUUAUGUAUGGGGAACAGGAUGGUAUUAUUCCUGGAAACGCAUUGGUGGUAGACCCAAAGAAGCAAUUCAGACAACUUUCAAAAUUUGGAAAUGCUUUUUUAAACCGAUUUCAAUGUUCUUUUGUACAGUCAGAUGUUUUAAAAAAUAUUACAAUUAUUGACAGUCCUGGUAUUUUAUCUGGAGAAAAACAUCGUGUUGAUAGAGGCUAUGACUUUACUGGCGUUUUAGAAUGGUUUGCAGAAAGAGUUGACAGAAUUAUUCUACUCUUUGAUGCUCAUAAACUAGAUAUUUCAGAUGAAUUUAGACGAAGCAUUGAGGCUUUAAGGGGCCAUGAAGAUAAAAUUAGAAUUGUUUUGAACAAAGCUGAUAUGGUAGAUCAUCAACAACUCAUGCGAGUUUAUGGUGCUCUGAUGUGGUCUUUGGGAAAAGUUCUUCAAACUCCUGAAGUUGCAAGAGUUUACAUUGGAUCUUUUUGGGACAAACCUUUAAAAUUCGAGCUCAACAGAAAAUUGUUUGAAUUAGAAGAACAAGAUCUUUUUCAAGACAUCCAAGGUUUACCAAAAAAUGCUGCCCUCAGGAAGUUGAAUGAUUUAAUUAAACGUGCCAGACUUGCUAAGGUGCAUGCUUACAUCAUCAGCAUCCUCCGCAGAGACAUGCCAUCUGUCUUUGGGAAGGACAGCAAAAAGAAGGAGCUUAUCAAGAACCUGGGUAAUGUGUAUGCAGAGAUCCAACGAGAGCAACAAAUUCCUCCAGGUGACUUCCCAGACCUAAAAUAUAUGCAGGAGAAAUUAAAUGAACAAGAUUUUACUAAGUUUCACCAUAUUAAGCCUAAACUUCUAGAAAUGGUUGAAAAGAUGCUAGCUGAAGAUAUCUCUCAGCUAAUGGGUAUGAUUCCUCAUGAGCAAACUGAAAGCUCCAAAAAUUAUGAUGUUGUUGGGGGUGCAUUUGAAGGAGUUGCAGAGCAGAGCCCAUUUGGUUAUGGUCGUGGAGAAGGAGCUGAUGCUGGUUCUCUGCAACAAGACUGGAUUGUUUCAAGAGAAAGGUUUAAGUAUGAUGAAGUUUUUGAUAAUUUGAACCCAGUAGAUGGAAAGAUAUCUGGAGCAAGUGCUAAAGCAGAAAUGGUAAAAUCUAAGCUUCCCAAUUCUGUGCUAGGGAAGAUCUGGAAGCUUUCUGAUAUAGACAAGGAUGGAAUGUUGGAUUCAGAUGAAUUUGCACUAGCCAUGCACUUGAUUAAUAUCAAACUUGAAGGUCAUGACAUUCCAACAGAACUUCCAAAACAUCUGUAUCCUCCAGGAAAGCAUAAAUUUGUAACUUAACCUUUGGACUUCGUAUAGAGUAGUUAAUCGUGCUUGUGCAGAUGUGUGCAUUUUAAUGUUUGAAUGUUAAAACUGUGAAUUAUGAAGUUAGAACUGUGUACCACAUGAUGAUGCCUUGCAGAUAUUUUUGACUAUCAUUCCAUGUACCAAAGUUUAUUAUGUGUUUAAUCUAUUAGUUAUACAUGCCUUGUUGAAUGUAAACUAUAUAUCUAAAUACAUUAAUUAAAGGUUUAAUCUAUUAGUUAUACAUGCUUUGUUGAAAUGUAAAGUAUAUAUCUAAACACACACAUAUAUAUAUAAAAGAAUAUAUCAGUAUUUUUAAAUGCUCAUUUUCAUAUAUUUAAGUUAUAAUCUUGUCUUUUUUUUAAAAAAAGCAGUACAAAAGUGUCAAGAUAUAUUACUUUUUGAAGUAAUUGUGUGUUGUAUAACAUACAGUUGUUAAAUGGUAACUUUUUUUUCUGGUAUACAUUGACUUCUAACAAAUUUUUAUAUAGUAAAUUUUUUCUGGAGUUCAGGUGUAUGAAUACAAGAUCAAAAUUUUAUAUAUUUUUGCUUGCAAUUUAAAAGUUAUAAAAUUUAUUCCCCUAUUUUUAUAAACUGAUGUACCACAAAUAUUUUAUGUAGGAAAAAUGUCUGGGGUUUUGGAUGCAUUAUAGAUGUAAAAUCAUCACUUACAGCUGUACAAUAAAAAAUUUUACA